UCAAAUUCCUUUAGUGUGACGAAAAAUUUUCUGUGUUCGAUGAACAAUUUACGUUAUCGUAAAACUCUUGGCGGUGUUGGCAUAAUAACAACAUGUGGCCUUAUUUUAUACGAAAAACAUAGAAUUCAAAAGUUCCUAUCGAAAAUCGUCGACAACAGCAACGGAAACAAUGGUGACAAAAAAUCUGAACCCGACUAUAUCUACAUCAAAUAUCACAUCUAUAGGGAAUCGAUGAGAAAAUUGAAACAAAAGGAGGAGGACGACAAGAAAUGGAUUAGUGUAAUUGUCAAUCCCGUUGGUAAAUGGUGGAAGGCUUUGAAACAUUCCGUUGCAUGGCGUUUAUUGGACAUUGCCCAGAAUGGUAGUCAUCAUGAUCGUUUGAAAGCCGUCCGACAAUUGGCCAGCAUCGACCAUUUAAAAGAUUGGGAUUUUCGUCACUUGGCCCAACUCUGUGAUGCCCGGACUGCUGUGUCAUUGGCCCGAUCAGGUGCUGAUAAACGUUGGUUUGUACCGGUCCACAUGAAAGGUUGCAUAAAAAAUCCCAAAUUAGUAUUAUCCGAGUUGCACGAUUUGCUGUCACGUUUAAAUUCGGCGAAAUCCUGCGUUAAACACUUCUUCAAGAAAUAUUUUCCGGAACAAGAUCCUGUGGAGGAUGUCUGCGAAUUCUUCACCCAAGAUCACCCGGUGUCAUUCAAUGUCCAUGAAACCGAUUUGCUUAAGGAAAUUAUUGCAUUUUUACAUCAUGUCACCAAAGAACCUGAAGUAUCUGAACAAAUAAUCAAGGAAGGCGGUUUGGUACACCUAAUGGAAUUGGCCAAAAUAUUUGCCGACGACAAUGAAACCCUUUCGACCCUGUGUAAAGUCUUGGCAAAUAUGUCCUUAGUAAAGGAUAGUGUAGAGCAUUUCUUUGUUAGUGGUUGGAUCGGAGUAUUGGCUGAAUGGCAACAAUGCCCUGAUCUUAGACUACAAGUUAUCUCUGCAAAGACCAUGGCAAAUCUGGACCAUGACGAUCCCAAUCACACAGUUUAUCCACCCAAUGUAUAUCCACUGCAUCCACGUUUGAGAACUCGUACCAAGCCAAAGGCCGAUAUCGUUUUUAUACAUGGACUUUUGGGGGGAGUUUUCAUUACGUGGCGUCAGAAGGACCGCAAACCCACCGAAUUGGGCCUAUACGGCAAGAAUGCAUUUUACACCAGUGAAACGGAUGAUGUUUUCUUGGUUGGCGAACAACGCCGUUUGAAUCUAAAAAAGAAUGCAAAUGGAAAAAAGAACGAUGAAGCGUCAACUGCCGCCCAGAUGGAGGAUAAAGAACCAACUGAAGAGAAAAAGAAGGUAUUAAAAGCCCACACAAAAUCAUCAAACAAACCGAUUGCCAUCAGUGAUGCAGCCACUUUGGAAUUGGUCGAAUCGCUGAAAAGUGAACCUGAAUUAGAGGCAGAUUGGGAAGUUGUACACCCAGAUGUGCCGUUGGCUGCAAAUGAAAAUUGUUCCGGUGAGUUUAGUGUAUCCGGCAACGAAUGGAUAAAUCAGGAUAACGAAGAGGACUACACCAAUUGCUGGCCAAUGGAGUGGUUGCCAGAAGAUCACCCAAACACCAGAAUCAUUGGUAUCGAUUACACAUCAGCGGUUACAGAGUGGUCUGCCAACUUUACAAAAUAUUGUCCCUGCGAAAAGGGCCAAGGUCACAUUGAAACACGAGCCAAUUCGCUUUUGGAACGUAUUUCCAUGUCCGAUAUAGGCAGAGAUAGACCGGUUGUAUGGAUUGGUCAUUCCAUGGGUGGUAUUCUAACCAAACUAAUUCUUAUGAAGGCCAAAGAUAGUAAAGAUCCGCAGGUGCAGCAACUAGCCAAAAACACCAGCAGCAUUGUAUUCCUUGGCACACCGCAUAGAGGCUCUCCUAUAGCCAAAUGGAAGCAACACAUGCAAAUGAUUCUAUCUCCAUCCAUAGAGGUAAAAGAAAUGGAAGAGAAUGCCCCACGUCUCCUAGAAUUACAUGAUCAAUUUAUGAACUGCCUGCACACCUGUUUCCGCAACAUCAAAGUGGUUAGUAUUGCCGAGGGGAAACCCACGAUGCUGACAUCUUUCAAAUUUCCCUUGCGCAUUGUGACCGAGGAAUCAGCUCGCAUAAACUAUGGUGACUUUUAUGUUCUGAAAGAUGACCAUUUAAGUCUCUCCAAGCCCAUUUUCCGCCAAUCGUUCCUUUACAAGCGUCUAUUGCAAGUUAUAGAUGAAACUGUAAAUGAGGAGGGUAAUCCAGGUCUGAAGCAAGCACUGCCUAGCAAAAGUUCAGAGAUUUUAUCGCAAAAGUCACCCACACCCUAUGUACCUAGUAUUGUAGAACAAGCUAAAAAUAUCUUAGCACUGCUACCACAAAUUGUCCUGAAAUUUUCAACAUCGUAA